AUGUACUCUCUUCUGCUACGUACUCUAAUCUUGUAUCCAGUUGCAUAUUCCCAGUUCUCCAUUGUCUGCACAAAUCAGCUCAUAACUCGCCUCUUUGCGUAUAGAACCACUUGCAACCACUCAAACAAAACGUCGUCGGACCCGCCAUCUGCCGGCCGCGGCACCCACACCAACCAUCGCCCGCGUCCGCACGCGCCCCGGUCCAUGUCCCAACACGCCGCCGGCAUUGCUAUCAUGGACCACGCCGGCAUCUCCCAGCGACGCCAGCCCGUCUUGCGGAGGACCCGCUUCGUCUGUGUCUCCGACACCCACAACACCGCCGUCAAGCUGCCCAAGGGCGACGUGUUGAUCCACGCGGGGGACCUGACAAACCAGGGCAGCUAUCCCGAGUUAUCGCGGGCUGUUCAAUGGCUUGAAAAGGCCGACUUUGAAUCCAAGAUUGUCAUCGCAGGCAACCAUGACUUGACUCUGGACUCGACUUUUUAUGCUGAACAUGGAGGUCACUUCCACAACCAGACACCACAAUCGCCUGACGACUGCAUCGCCCUCUUCACCAGCUCUCCGACGAUAACGUACCUCAAACACGAAUCGACGACCAUCCGCCUUUCGUCGCCCUCUGGGCCACACACAUCCUUCUCCAUCUUCGGGUCGCCGUACUCGCCGCGUAAUGGCCUCUGGGCUUUUGGUUACGAUGCGCCCCAGCACUCCUCCAGCCUCGGUGCCGCCGCCGACCUGCCCACGCUAUGGGACGACGUCCCGCUCGACGCCGACAUCGUCGUGACGCACACCCCGCCACGCACCCACUGCGACGAGUCUCGCGCUCGCCGGGCCGCCGGCUGCGAGGCUUUGAGACGCGCCCUGUGGCGUGUGAGGCCGCGCCUUGCGGUUUGCGGGCAUGUCCACGAAGGCCGCGGCGCCCAACGCGUCCGCUGGGACGUAGAGUGCGGCAACAUCGCAUUCAAGGAGGAAGGCACUGAAGAGUGGCUUGAUCCUGGCCAGGGGAACAAGCAAUCCCUUGUGAACCUGACAGCCAAGGGCGGGAAUCCUUUACGGAACGAUGGUUCCCACCCGAAGCCCCAGCAGCCCGAGACCGCAGACACCACCGCCUCGAUCCCGUCCACUUCUGACAGGACGAUUUCUGGAAGCGCCGCCGAACCCGGGCUCGGCACGCGGGGCCUCGGAAGAGAUCCGACCUCGCCGCGAAGCGAUACGGCCGCGCUGGCCGGCCGCCGUGGACGACGGGAGACGUGCGUCGUCAACUGCGCCAUCAUGGCCAAGAGCUACCCACAUGUCGGCGGCAAGACGAUCAACAAGCCCAUCGUCGUCGAUCUGGACCUGCCCGUGUGGGAGUGGACGCGCGACGGAAUGCCUCAGUUCGUGUAUGCGGAGGGGUGA